AGGGGGCGGAGGUGCCAGACACCCUCCGAGGGAUGAGGGCCACAUCAUUGUUUGCCUGGGAACCGGCCUGGCCGCAUCUCCCGUUCGCUGGCAGAGAAAACUUCAAACCUGGAGCCCGGGCUAGGAGACACUGCCUGCGGCUGAGGUAGCGUCACGCCGCCCGCCCCGUCACCCCGGCCCCCGAGCCUUUCACCAGCCCCCCCACCACGUCCUCCGCGCCCCAAAAUGCAGCGCCGCCUCUGCGCCCUGCUCCUGCUGGCGUCCCAGUGCAUGGGCUCAGCCGCCGGGCUCUUCCCCUUCGGGGAGCCCGACUUCUCUUACAAGCGCUCCAACUGCAAGCCCAUCCCCGCCCCGAUGCUGCUGUGCCGGGGCAUCGAGUACCAGAGCAUGCGGCUGCCCAACCUGCUGGGGCAUGAGACGGUGCAGGAGGUGCUGGAGCAAGCGUCCACCUGGAUCCCGCUGGUGCAGAAGCAGUGCCACCCCGAUACCAGGAAGUUCCUCUGCUCCCUCUUUGCCCCCGUCUGCAUCGACGACCUGGACGAAAUCAUUCAGCCCUGCCACUCGCUCUGCGAGGAAGUGAAGGAGAGCUGCGCCCCGGUGAUGUCCGCUUUCGGCUUCCCCUGGCCCGACAUGCUGGACUGCAGCCGCUUCCCCAAGGACAACGACCUCUGCAUCCCGCUGGCCAGCAGCGACCACAUCCUCCCCGUCACCAGGGAAGCACCCAAGGUCUGUGAUGCCUGCAAAAACAAAAAUGAAGAUGAUAAUGACAUCGUGGAAAACCUCUGCAAAAACGACUUUGCCUUGAAGAUAAAAGUGAAGGAGAUUGCCUACAUCAAUGGGGAUACCAAGAUCACCCCUGAAACAAAGAGCAAAACUAUCUACAAACUGAAUGGGCUAACAGAAAGAGAUCUAAGGAAGAUAGUGCUCUGGCUCAAAGGUGGCCUCCAGUGUACCUGCGAUGAGAUGAACGACAUCAAUGUCCCCUACUUGGUGAUGGGGCAGAAGCAAGCUGGGGAACUCGUGAUCACUUCGCUGAAGCGGUGGCAGAAAGGCCAGCGGGCUUUCAAGCGGUUCUCCCGCAGUAUCCGCAAACUGCAGUGUUAGUGGCUUUGUCUCUGGCUGUCCUCCAGCAGCCGCCCGUCCCAAGCUCUCUGGGCCUCCUGCACCUUCCUGCUUUGGCCCCUGUGAGCCUCAAGAUGCUGUGGGCACAAGACACAGUGACCGCUGUCCGAGAGGGGAAGAGCUCCUCCAUUUUUGUACAUAGGUUAAAUUGUAAUAAAAAAAAUGAAAGGCUAUUUUUGGGAAGUAUUAAAGUAUCUUGCUUAAAUCUUGGGGUUUUUUUAUGAUUGCAAAUGUGAUUUUGGUCAGAGGCUUUUUCCUCUUUGUUUCAGUAAUGCUGGUUCAUUUAUAUUGCUGCUUCUCUGUAUGCGUGCAUGUUUGUUGUGCCACAGCAGGAGUCACCAAGAAAGCCAAGCGUGUGGCUGGCCUGUCACUGCAAGCAUGGCACUUCCGCUGAGGUUACACAGCUUCCCAUCUGUCUUAACACUAUAAAAGUCACGUUACAACUCUUGCAUAUGAUACAUAGGCACCAGUAAGAGUAUAUUAAUUAUUCUCACGUUUUAUUUUCCUAAAGUCUGAGCCCUUCUCUCUCAGAAAAAAAAAAAAAAGAAAAAAAAAAAGAACAAGUUUUGGAGCUGGUUGAUCUGAAUGCAACUUCCUUUUUUUUUUUUUUAAUUAUUUUACAAAUUAAACCAUCUGUAGCCUAACUGUAAUAUACCUAGUGGUUAAUCUGAAAGAGUUGUAAAAUAUUGCUUUAAUUAACCUUGUAAAUACUCCAGAUAAAUGUUAUAUUCUUGUAUAUAAACUUCACAUCAUAGUUUA